AUGCUCAAGGCCUUCCAGGUAGUAAAUUACUUGACCUCAGAGGAUUCAUUCUCCCUGGCGGUACCAUUCAUUUAUCCCCAAUAGAAGUGGGAAAUUAAGAUCACCUUGCACCUAUCUACUCAAAAGUUCCUAGAGAGAAGAAUAAGAAUUAAUUUAAGUGUUGGGAAUUCAAAGGAAAAGAGAACCUGUUUCUCAUUGAAAGAAAAAAAUGUUAUCGCUCAACCAGUAUUUGUUUUUGAAAACAGAGAUCAAUCUUUUAAGAGGCCGGCUGAAGACACUCUUGACAACGUAGAAUACGGACUCUCUGGCUCUUCAAGAAAACGGACAAGAUCUUCAUCUUUCACUUUCUAUGCUGCAGAUACCAAUCAAGAGUCAACAACCUCUCAAAAACGAAUAAGAUCAUCUUCCUUCACUAUCCUUCCUACAUUUCCCCCUUCCCAACCAGUUAAGAAAAAUAACAUUUUCAUGACUACAACUGUUUCACAAUGGAAUGUUGACAUUGCCAGGAAAAUAAAAGGCCCUUGGGAGCGGAAUCAACAAUGUCCUAUUCUUAGACCUGCCAUUUUGCAGCCACCUCAGUCUCUGAGAUGUGUAGAAAGAAAUGCAGUUGGGUAUGUCAAGGCUGUGGAAUUUUCCAAGUCUAAUGAAAAAGCAAACACUCAGCUUUCAGAAGAGAAUCUUUGUAUGCUGAGUGAGAAUUCAUCAAAACCUCACCCCUUAGUCAAAUCAUCUCCUAGUUUAUACCUUUUAAGUUCCAUCCCAAUAAGUCAACCAAGUGAAGACAGAGGUUCUUUACAAAGCAAUAGUCCUGAUUUCAUUUUUGGAGAAAAGAUGAAUGAGAGAGUUUUGAGUCCACAAAAAUCCAUUGAGCUUCACCAAGAAAAGGAGCCAUAUAAUAGGGAAAAACCAUUCACUUCAUCUGUGUCUUUCCCUCUCCACUUUUCAUGUACAAGCUCCUGUAGAAACACAACCCUGAAGGAAUCAGCAGCUGCGUUCUCCUCUAAACCAUCACCAAAAUGUAUACUGGAGAAAAUUGAAGUCAUAACAGGAGAGGAAGAAGAGCACAAUGUGUUAAAGAUCAACUGCAAACUCUUUGUAUUCAAGAAAACAACACAAUCUUGGACUGAAAGGGGCAGAGGAACGUUGAGGCUUAAUGACACAGCAAAUAAUAGUUCCAGGAUGCUGCAGUCAAGACUGAUUAUGCGAAAUCAAGGCAGUCUAAGGCUGAUCCUCAACAGCAAACUCUGGGCUCAAAUGGAGAUACAAAGAGCAAGCCUCAAAAAUCUACGCAUCACAGCCACAGAUUUAGAUGACUGUUGCAUCAAAAUAUUUUUAAUCCAGGCAAGUGCCAAAGAUAUUGGAUGUCUUUAUGCAGCAAUACAUCACCGUCUUGUUGCACUAAAGACCUUUUACAAACAGGAACUAGAAGGAAAUGAAAUUGAAACUGAGUCAGAAACAGUUAUCCAAUUAUUAAGUUGUGAUAGUUGUGAUGAAGAUGAUGAUAUGCUUAAAAUCACCACAGAUGGGUCAGAUCCUUCUAGAUGGAACCACAGAUCACCAGUUGCCUGCUCUUGAUAGAACUGAUGGU